AUGGCGACAUCUCUCAAAACAAGAAAGAGAGUUCUGACUAGGCAUUCCAAUUCCCUAACGCAACUUUUGGCAAAGCAUGCAGAAUUGGGAUGCGACGUCAACCUACAGGAUAGGGAAGCAUGCAAUGCAGCACUAAAGCAAGUCCAGAAUGCUAUAGUGGAGAUCAAAACCCUUCAAACAACCUUUGAAGGAGCCCUAUACGCAUUCACGGACACGGUGGACAAAAUAUCGGAACCCCUCACCAAGGAAGAAGACGAUAAAGUGUCCGAAUAUAUUACUAACGCAGAGGAACUCAUCGCCAGUACUACUGAUGUGCUUCUUAAGUUGGAAAUGACCAAGGCUAGCCUAGCCUCUCAUAACCUUACAUUUUCAACAUAUACUGGAUCUCAUCCUCCUCCAGAAGUUCCUGCAGCCAAGAUAGAGCUGCCCAGAAUACCAAUACCGGAGUUCAACGGCAAAAGCUGGCAAUGGGAUAGCUUCUGGGAGCUAUUCAACGCUACGGUGCAUUCUCUACCGCUCUCAAAUUUGCAAAAAUUCAACUAUCUUGUGAGAGCAUUAAAAGGAGAAGCCCGUGAAUCAAUAGCUCGUUUUCAAAUCACUUCAGAAAACUACCCGCUAGCAGUACAGCAUUUGAAGGAGAGAUACGGCAACGUCCAAAAUAUAAUCACUGGACUGCAUCGACAGCUAGAGCAUUGGAGUGCUAGGAGCCCACAAUUAAGGGACCAGCGAAAACUGCAUGAUCAACUGUCGGCAAUUACAGCACAACUCGAAAGCAAAGGCGAACCUCUCGAUAGUCCAUGGCUGCUAUCAAAAAUUCUUUCUAAAUUCACAGAAAGGAUUCAACGCAGCACACUUAAAGAAAAGGUCUCUCUGCCCCAAGGAGAGACCUGGACAUUAAAGAAAUUGAUGACAACAAUUGACAUUGUCAUAAAACGCGAAGAAGAAAUUGAACUACAAUUGCCAAAGAGGAUAGAACGUUCACAACUUCUAAGCAAAACUACAAAGGAACCGGAGUUCCAAAUCAGGGGGCGGUCUCCCUUUUGUUUCUAUUGCGAUAGCAAAGAACAUUGGUCCACAAGAUGCACGAAAAUCGCGGCACCUAAAGCACGACUGGAAUAUUUAAAGAAGACAAACCGCUGCAUUGGGUGCGGAUCAAAGUCCCAUAUUUAUGCCGAUUGCAAAAGCAAAGGCUGUAUUAAUUGCGGGAAAAAGCAUCAUACCUCUACGUGCUUCAAGACAGCACCCUUCAAGCCGCCUCAACAAGGUCCUGUUUCAAAUAUAAAAAGGGAAGAAAAGAAGAAGCCGUCAUAUGUCCGGCAGAACUUCACAAGGUGCGAGAAGCAAAGCGCACACGUUACGGAGGGCUCAAUACCCAAUCUCACAGUAAUGAGAGUUGAGGAUACCUCCAACAAAACCCAACAAGGGGAGAUAUUCCUUUUGACAGGAGCCUUGAAGGCGCUACAUCCAAGGACACAAGAGCUCAUAACGCUUCGGAUACUCCUAGAUACGGGAGCAGAUCGAAGUUUCAUUGAUGCUAAGCUUGCUAAGGAACUUGAAUUACCUAGCCAAGGCUCUGUUACUAUGAAACUACAAACCUUUGCAGCACAAACCACAAAGGAAAUCCAGUGCACCAAAACAUGUCUGAGUGUAUGGGACUCGGAAGGAAAGCAAUACAAACUUCGCGUAUACACUCACGACAACCUUACGAAGGGCUUCCCUCAAGGAAAGUUAGGGAAAGAAGACCUACAAUUCAUUCAUCAACAACAAAUAAAACUCAGCAGUCCAUGCGAGACAAACGCUAAACCUCCAGAAAUACUAAUUGGCUGCGAUCAACUCUGGAACUUUAUCAACUUUCAAGCAGCACAUUUCACUCUGCCGUCUGGGCUCAUCCUCGUACCUACACGUCUAGGAUAUAUGAUCUCUGGACAACGUAUGAGUGAUAAAAUGCAGCAUGGAAAUGAACUUCACUCCACAGUACAUUACAUGGAAUCUCACGACUGUGAAGAUCCAUGGGAGCGUCACUGGAACAUUCAAUCUCAUGAUGUAGAAAAGGAGUUCUGCGGUCCUGAGAAGGAAGAAAAAGCUAACAUAAAUGCACAAGUGCUCGAAAACUUCAACAACACUAUAGCCAGGCGAAAUGCUGGUUAUGUUGUUCGACUUCCCUUUAAGGAAGAUCAUGAAUAUCUUCCAGACAACAAAGUAUUAGCGCUCCACCGACUGCGAAACGUGCUUCGCAAAUAUCAACAAGAGCCACAUAUUCUUCAGCAAUAUCACAGCAUCUUUCAAGAUCAAAUUGCUGAAAAGAUCCUCGAAGAAGUGGACGAGAACAAGGACAGAGUUGGGAAGAUGAAGCACUAUCUUCCACAUCAACCCGUCUUCACCCCCCAAAAAGACACUACGAAAUUAAGAAUAGUGUUUGAUGCAUCCGCGCAUUAUAAAAACUGUCCUUCACUCAAUGAUAUUCUCCACCAAGGACCUACCAUACUGCCUAAGCUGUACGGAAUUCUAUUACGCUUCCGCACUGCAAAAUACGUUCUUCUAUCUGACGUAGAAAAGGCAUUUCUUCAAGUACAUCUUCACGAAGACGACAGAGAUUUUGCAAGAUGCUUAUGGAUCAGGGAUAUCACCAAACCAUUGACAGAUGAUAACCUGGUGGUAUACAGAUUUACCAGAGUCACCUUUGGGAUCAAUGCCUCGCCAUUUCUUCUCAGCGCAACAAUCCUCUUCCACUUGAGCAACUAUGUCAAAAAUGACGGAUUAGCUCGAGAAAUUUCGUCUAAUCUGUAUGUCGAUAAUUUAUUUGUCGGAGCAGAAACAAUUCUUGAGGGCGUACAAAAAUAUAAAGAGCUAAAAUCAAUUUUUAACGACCUCAAGUUGAACCUAAGAGCAUUUGUCACGAACCACAUGGACAUCAUGGAUGCAAUAUCCACAAAGGAUCGCUCCUCCAAUCUGUGCCCUAAGGUACUUGGAAUCUAUUGGGAUUCUAUAGCCGACAACUUCUUAUUAUCGAUUAACCUGCCUACGACAGAAUUUGUUAGCAAAAGAACCAUUGCUCAACAAAUUGCUUCCAUCUAUGACCCACUAGGAUGGUUCAUACCACUCCUGGUCAAAGCAAAACGUUUCCAACAACUUUUGUGGAAGGAGCAAUAUGAUUGGGACGAACCACUGAAUGAAGAACAUAGACGUCAGUGGAACCUCAUUAUAACAAAAAUAUCCAAUUUCCACAAAAAGGUGCCACGGAAAGUCACAAUCGACAACUCCGCACCUUAUACACUGGUAACCUAUUCCGACGCUAGUGGAAUUGCUAUGACAGCAUGUACCUAUCUCACUAGCCAAAGGGAAUCCAGCUUUCUUAUGGCUAAGUCUAAGGUUACGGACAGUAAUCGACCAACCACCGUACCGAAACUCGAAAUAAAUGCCAUAGCCAUUGGAGCACGACUUACUCUCAAUACUUUCCUAAGCUUAAAAUCCUCAAUAAGUAUAAACAACGUCAUUUUUCUAACCGACUCGGAAAUCGUCUUAAAUUGGCUGAAAGGUUCUCUUGAUCAUCCUAAAACAGGACUUUACGUCAAAAAUCGUAUACGCGAGAUACGCGACAUCGUACAGUCACUAGAGCGUAUGGAAGUCAAAGUGAAAUUUGGCUACAUCGACACGAAAUGGAAUCCUGCCGACAUUGGAACACGAGGAGCUUCCAAUCAUGAAUUCGUGUCUCAUGUGUGGUGGGAUGGUUAUUCUCUUGAGAAAAUUCUCAAUAACGAGUUUACAUCCACCCUCUUUUCCCUUGUUAAAGAUCCAGAAUUACAAAAUGACGAUAUUCUACUGAAUGCAGAAGCGAAUGUUAUAAAAACACAUGCAACGACUGACAAAGUCGAAGAAAUUCUUGAUCUGACAAGGUAUAAUACUAAAACCAAGCCGCUGAGGAUCUUAGCCUACGUAAUAAAAUUUCUGAGAAGCAUUACAACUCGUCUAAAAAGCCCGUUGCAGGAAAGGCUCCGAGAUUCUUCAUCCUACCUAGUUCGACAAGCAAAGGAUCAAGAGCUCACGGCUACCGACAUAUUCGAAGCGCAUAGCAUACUCAUAAGAAAUCACCAGCAGGUACACCUCAAUUCUCACUACAAAAAACAGUUGUCAAAAAACCUAAACCUGAAGGAGGAGGAAAACCACGUGUUCAGAGCAUACGGACGUCUUAAUAAAUCCAAUUUAAAUAUUAUGGCAAAAAAUCCCAUUCUUAUCAUUCCGAAUACGGAGCUGUGUCGUCUUAUUAUCCUCGAAGCGCAUGGACCGUAUCACAACAGUACUGGACAUACAAUAGCAGAAGUUCGACAACAGUACUGGAUUCCACGGCUCCGAGAACAAGUGAAGAAAUGCAUGCGGUCUUGUGUUCCCUGUCAAAAGAUGAAUAAUCUGCCAUAUAAAUAUCCAGAAAUGGCCGAUCUUCCAUCAAGGAGAGUGACAAGAACACGCCCGUUUGAAAAUAUAGGACUCGACUACUUCGGCCCUAUAACCGUCCAUGAUGAUCAUAAGGAACGUACAAACGUUUAUGGAUGUAUAUUCACAUGUUGUGUAACUCGCCUCAUCCAUCUGGAGAUCGUAUCUGACGGAACCACUGAGAAGUUCCUCAAUGCAUUUCGUCGAUUCGUAGCUCGUAGAGGAAAACCACACCUGGUUACCUGUGAUAAUGCACCAACCUUUAUAUUGGGAAGUCAAAUCUUGAACGAUUCUCUAACUGAGCCUUCAACCAAUGAAGACGUAGCUCGUAAUAUGAGCAAUCAGAUGAUCGAAUGGAAGCAUAAUACUCCUUAUUCACCUUGGAAAGGCGGCUUCUAUGAACGUCUUAUAAAAUCGGUCAAACAAGCCCUAUUCAAGGCGAUAGGAAGACGCAUUUUAACAAUAGAGCAGCUGCAUACGUUCCUGGUAGAAAUCGAAGGAUGUCUUAACUGUAGGCCUCUCACCUACCAAGAAGACGACAUCAAUGAUGCUCUACUAACCCUUCGUCCAAUAGAUUUCGUGCAACGCGAAAUGGAAGUGACUCUUCCGUUUAAUUUUUCAGAAGAAGAAAAGGCAGAUCCUAUCUAUCGACCUCCCUCGGAAGAAUUACAAUUCGAAACCAGGCUACGAACCGAAAAAGCAUUGCAAUCUUCGUACAAACUCAUAGAACCUCUUCGAGAACAUCAUCGCCGAACUAUUGACGGUAAACGAGGAAACGCUAAUGAAGUACGGAAAGAAGCUCAACAGUUACAAUCUCCACCUUCUAAUAAACGAUACAAUCUACGCCCAAGAAAGGUGAAACAUCGCUAUCCGGAAGAACAAAGUCAGGACAACGGUAAUAUCUACGGAUUUACCACAAAAGGAUCACCGACAACGUGGCCUACAACACUAUACCUAAAGAUGGCUCUCACCUUGGUUGUUAUCUCGUUUGUCAAGGGAAAACACCUGCCAAUCGAGAAACCAAAAACGAAUCAAAACUACCCACACCCAAACUAUGCCAUAGAAUGCAAAGAACAAGGGUUAUACCUUCAUGCCCCACAGGCAGAAGAAUAUGAAUUAUGCGUUAACAAUUACUGCAUAAGGGAGAAGACACCUCCACUACAUAAACUCUUACGCUUGCCACCAGAAGAAGUACUUCACGACUUUGAAGUAAACUGGAAAAUACGCAUAGGAGAUAGUUAUACUACAGUUGAAACGGCUUGUUUAGCACUACCUUUUUGCUCUGCAAUAGACUGUACUAUGUGUGCCGCCAAUAUUUUAAACCCCGAAUGUUGGCCUCUGGCGGCAAUAGCAGGACUAGGUAUAAUAAUAUACCUUCUCACUGCCAUCUGCUACACCCUCUGUUACAUACCAGUUACAGUUGGCCGACCAUUCCGCAUCAUCAUUGCGGGAAUAGGCAAAGUGCUUGACUUAGUGGCACUCUUUAUAUGGUGUUGCUGCCAGCGGAUUACUCUCUGGGUUCUGCAUAGAGGAAAACAGCAACAUCCUAACCGAAUUCUGCAAGCAUUAGCCAUAUGCAGCUUAUUGCAAGGAGCUGUAGCAUGCCAAGAGGUGAACAUUUUUCAACAUCACCUGAGAAACUGUCGAGCCACAACAGGAAAAAGCACUUGUAAAGUAGAAGUGGCCUCAGUAGUAAAGAUGAACCCCUUCAAAAAGGACGUGUGCAUAAGUUUCCAGAGAAACAACUCCAUCGUACUAAGAACGCGUCUUCGGUGGGAGGGACUGAGACUAAUCUGCGACCGCGUACCGGUAACAUACACACGGAAUGUGGUGCAAAAAAUAAUCGACAGUAAGAGAUGCCCACACAUGGGAUCAUGUACCGGAAACAAAUGUGCUGACAUCAACACGACGAGCAUACUGCCUGAGUUGGCUACCGGCAACUCCUUCCCUGGAAUUACUGGCUGCAUAGAAUCAUGCGGUGGCCCAGGAUGCGACUGUUUCUAUCUCAGCUCCGGGUGUUUGUUCUAUAGGAUAUACGCAGUACCAACAGAUGAUAAUGUCUACGAACUCUUCAAGUGCAUACGUUGGAAAGAAGAAGUGAAACUCCGUCUCGAGAUCAGCAAAGGCUCUACACUUCGCUCAUACGUACUCGGACUCCACCCGAACAUUCCUAAUCAAAUCCAAAGCAUGGAUGUAACAUUAAGCGUACUCGCAACUCCACCAUUACCGGCCUUGGAACAAGUUUUCAUUGCCUCGACAAACCAAACAGCGAUAUGGGAUAAAAAGACAUAUCCACUACUUAGCUGUCCUACACGCGAACAUGCAAAGGCAUUACAAUGUCAUUUAAGAGAUGAUUGUGAUUGCGUAGCUGCCGAGUCUCAAGUAAGGUGCAUAUGUAACGAAGAUAGGGUAGGAACAACCUUCUUCGACAUCACCAAGGUACUCCCAAUUACACAUCAACAACUACGAUUUACGCCACAUCCACUGCAUGGAGUCAUCGCAAGAGCAGAUGAGGAUAUAUCGGCCGAGAUCAUCUUGAACUUGAAAGAAACCAUCGACAAUUCUAUCACAGAAAUUAGAGACGACUUGUGUACCAUCGAAAACACUUACCUCAACGGAUGUUAUCAGUGCAGUAAAGGAGCAACGGCAACCGUUACAUGCAAAUCUACAUUCAACAACAUAUCUGCCGAAGUUGAAUGUGGGCAGGACAGCUUUACAAUUCCCUGCUCUCCUACGGGCACUUCAUCUAAAAUUGGAUUCCUAUUCCAGUCCGCUCGAAUCCAAAUUCAAUGUUCCUUGAAAUGCGGAACAAAAACAUCGACUUUCGAGUUAACAGGAAUUUUGAAGUACCCAUAUAAUUUCCAAGGAAGUUUCAUGCAUUAUAUCCAAUCUGACCACAACAGAACUUCUGGGUUCCAGUGGCCUGACCUCAAUCACAUCUUGGACAUUUAUCUGCAAUGGUACAAGUAUCUACUCAUUGCCAUGAUUGCAGUUGCAGGAGCUCUUCUUAUGAGCUAUCUAUACCUUCCAAGGAUAUGUACAAAUGCGACAAUGUUAUGCAUCAAAACCAUCUUCAAAAUCUUUAAAUGUGGAUGGAAGAUACUCCAAUUCAUAUUCUCAGUAUUCAUGCAACUUAUAAAUCCAUUUCGCAAAGGAAAAAAGGAUAAGAGCAACGAAAAACUUCUCUAA